AUGCGGGAUGCAGCACCGGGAUGCCGUUCCCUCCCCGUACGGGCACACUGCGUGGCGAAGCGGGGGGGGGAUGUGGGGAUAGAACAGGACCGCGGCGGCGCGCACGCUGCCUUCAUCCCCCCCCCCUUUCCUCCUCCUCCUCUUCCUCCUCCUCCUCCGGGAGCGCGCUCGCCCAGCCGGGAGCGAGCAGCCGGCAAGAGGAUGCUGCAAACGGCGGCGGAGCCGGGCGGCUGGGCAGGCAUGAAGCGACCCCUGAGCCCAUCCCACAACCCUGAGAAUGAGGUGAGGCUGGUGGAAGCAGCCAGCUGCCCACUGAGCCAGCCCGAGCAGCGCAUGAAACGGGAGAAGAAGCACCAGUCGUUCACGCUCUGUGAGGUUUGCAACAUCCAGCUCAACUCGGCCGCACAGGCACAGAUCCACUACAACGGCAAAUCCCACCAGAAGCGCCUCAAGCAGCUCAACAAGGGGAAUAUGCCAGCAGCCCAAGGUCCCUCUGGACACAGCAGCCCCCUCUUAGCGUCGUUGCCUAUCCCUGGCCGUCCCCUUCAUCCCCCCUUGGACAUCAAGCACUUUCUGACCUUCAGGCUCAACGGGACGUCACCACUCAACCUCUUCCCCAACUUCAACACGAUGGACCCAGUGCAGAAGGCGGUGAUCAGCCACACCUUCGGCGUGCCCACCCCCCUGAAGAAGAAGCAGUUCAUCUCCUGCAACAUCUGCCACCUGCGUUUCAACUCCGCGAACCAGGCAGAAGCCCACUACAAGGGCCACAAGCACGCGCGGAGGCUGAAAGCCAUCGAGGCCAUGAAGAACAAGCAGAAGGCGGCGGGGGGUGCAGUGGUGCCCACUGGCCAGGAUGGCACAGUAGACUUUGUCCCCAAUUCCGAGGGCAGCGGAGAGCCCGGCAGCACAGCUCAAGCCAACGGCAUGCAGGAGCCCGAGGGUGAGGGCAGCAGCCUGGGUGCCGAGGAGUCGCCCGCAGAGCUGCCAGGCAGCGUCACCGCCCUGGGCUCCCCACCAGCCUCGGAGCUGUCGGAAGGCACCUCAGAUGCCACCAGCGUGGCGUCCUCAGCCACCCAAGCAGUCGAGGCGCAGGCAGCCGAGUCGGGCAGCAGCGUCAGCUCGGCCCCCGAGAGCGAGAAGGAGGGGAAGAAGAGCAAACCGCAUCUGUACUGUCCCACCUGCAAAGUGACCGUCAACUCUUUAUCCCAGCUGGAGGCUCACAACACCGGAGCAAAGCACAAGCUGAUGCUGGAGGGUCACAGCACCCAGCUGCGGCGAGGCCGAGGCAAGCUCCUCUCCCGGGCAGGGCACAAGUCCAAGCGGAUCGGCAACAAGGGCAGCAUCAACAUCCAGAACAAGGCGUUUCACUGCCAAGUGUGUGAGAUCUACGUGAACUCGGAGACCCAGCUCAAACAGCACAUGAGCAGCCGGAGGCACAAAGACCGGCUGGCGGGGAAGCCGCCCAAGCCCAAGUACAGCCCCUAUAACAAACUGCAGAAGAACGCUGCCCUCGCAGUGAGUAUUCUCAAGUCCAAGCUGGCUUUGCAGAAGCAUCUCACCAAAACCCUGGCAACUCGCUUCCUGCCGAGCCCGCUCACCGCGGCUGCCGUCUGCGCCAUGCCUGGCCCCCUCGCCCUCAGACCAGCUGCUGCCACCACCCUCUUCCAAGCCCCGAUCCUUGGACCAGCUCUUUUCCGAACGCCGCCGGCUCACGUUCGCACCACACCGGGCCCCAUUGUCUUCGCGCCCUACUAGAGCUGCUCGUUCGCCAAAGGUCCGUCCACCAUGGAUCGGGCUGUGCCGCGGGGGCUGCUCUUCUGGCUGGUGGGAAACCAUAGUCAUCGUAAUCAUCAACCCCAGCUUCUCCUUUGCUUCGAGCGGGGUCCUGCCUGGCAAGCCCCACCGUGUGUUCUCCAGCCAACGCCAGCCCUGCGCUCAGCAGAGGAGCCCAUCACUGGGUGUCACAGGAGGAAGGAUGGUGCCCAAGUCACCAAGACCCUCUUGUGUCUCAUGGUCAGGGGCUGCCUGUCCUUGGGCCGCUGGGUUCGUGUUCAUCACCCUCCCAGUUACCAGACUGGAAGAAGAGGAGCCAGCUGUUCCCUGGGGAAAGGAGCAUCCCUCUGGCCAGGCGGUCCCUGCCAGCCCGGUGGGAAGGGAACUGCAAGAGGAAUCUCAGCCCAGCUUUUGCUGGAGAAACAACUCCAGCACAAGCGGAAGGUUGGCAGUUCCCCUCUCGGACUGCGCUGGCCCACGCAUGCCCUUACCAGCCCAGCUUGUGCUGGCCGGGGGUUUCUAUGCUGUCCACCAGCCUCCUGCGCCCCACAACCCUCUACAUCCCACCAGCCAAAGAGCCCCCGCCGCAGUGGGCACCGGCCACCCUGACCGUAUCUUCACUCCGAGAGCAAUAGCUGAAGCCCAGGGCUGGUGCCUCCUCCUUCCAAAAGCACACUGGCCCCUGCCCUGGCCCCAAGAAGCACACAACUUGGCCGCGUGGCUGGAGACGGGCUCCACUCCAGCCCAGCGAGGGUGUGAGAGGCUCCCCAAGGAGGUGACCCUGUGCUUGGCACCAGCUGUUUGCCUCUGUCCCACCUGCAGGGGACAGCCCUGCCCCUACCUCCCGGGAGAUGCUGUGAGGCUGAGUGAAUGUCCCUAAAGCACUUUUGGUUCUCCAGUGAAAGGCAACGCUGCUGCAUACGCACCAGCAGCCACCACGUCCGGCCGUCCAACCCCAUCCUCAUUAGGAGCUUCCAGGGAGUUACUGAUGACUCCCAAAACCCAACGGUGUCCCCCAGCAGCCUGGACAAUCAGCUAUGGAAGAGCAGGCAGCACCCACAGCCUACGCCUGGCGCUCUCCCUGUGAUGCUCCCGUUGUAGCCCGCGGAAAGCCGGGCUCUGGAGGGAUCCCUGAAGCCGUAGCUCUGCUUUUCACUGUGCUCGGAAAUCCCAGCGAUGACUUGGUCCGAAAACUGUAGCCACGGCAUUCCGGGUUCCCAGCACUAUGCUGUAAAUAGAAAUAUGCAGGAAAGUUGCAACCCAAAUGGACCUUACGCUGGAGUGACACCCACCCCGAUCUAUGCAAAUCUAAGGGGAGCAGCUCGCCCGCCGCAUUUGCUGUCUGCGUUUUACUUUGGUGCUCAUGCUGUGCACAGCCAGGAGCUGGGGGCAGAGCAGGAAAAACAACGCAAAGCUCUGUGCAGACGAUUCCCUCCCCAUCCCCUGGCUCAGAAGUGUCAGCUGCGACCUGCGUUCCCUCCCAGCCCGUAGGAAGAGGCAGGUCGGUUUGUGCACCUGGGAAUCCACACGCACAAGCACACAUAUCCGAUGUCUUGGCCAUGAGCAGCACCUGGAUUUCAGGAGGAUUUUUGCCUGGUGCGCUCCACUGACGCUCAGGACAGGGUCCGGGCAAGGGGAGGUGAUUAAGAACCAGCCAACGGGUAACUCAGGUGGCUGAAAUGCUUCUGCUUUCCGGAGCCGGAGCGUCAGACGAGGGCAGGAAACCUGCAUAGAGGGAACAGGGCAGCACGGAGCUGUAAGCCUGCAUCUGGAGGGCCUAUUUCUCACUGUGGGCAGCACUGGCCCAUAGUGCCACUGCUGUGCCCCUGUUGCAGAGGACAGGAGUGUGAGGGAGCCCCUGGGUACAGAUUAAUCUGCUCAGGGCAUCUCCUCUCCACGCCACGAAAGGAGGGGAGUGGAAAGAGGGCAUCAGGAGAUCGAGCUGUGGAAGUGGAAGGCUUGGGGUAGAGACAACUGAAAAGUCUUACAGUGGUGGGAGAGGUGUUUUGGAGAGCAGCUGUGGGAGGGAAGGCUCCCAGCAGCAGUGGCUUUGACAGGACAGGGAGAAUGGAGAUGGUCCCACUGCCCAGCGACACACGCAGCCCAGACCCUGCGUCCACGCUGGGACCAGCCGGUGUCAGAAGGGAUGCAGCUCUGACAGCGCCACGGUGCCCAGCAGCCGGUGUUCAGCCUGGCUCCAGCCCCUCUCAUCUCACUGUGGUUGUCCCCAGGCCGCCUUGUUGGCCACUCCAGCCCUGGCCGCAG